AUGCCCUCAGCUGGAGCGCUGGUUCCUGGACCAAAAGCCAGUGGAAGGACAACGAGCAGUGCCUUGCGGGCAGGCUCGAUGGGCGAGGAGCGGUCAGAGAUCCCCAAGCUGAGGGGUACUUCAAGGAUGCUUGACCGCAUCAGGCCUGUUUCUUACUCCCUGGAGCAUAACUGUGUUCCAGAAGAGGUUUUCCGAAGCCUGACCUGUGCCAGCAGUUCUCUUUACAGCCCAGAGUACUUACGGUCCCCACAAACCAUCAAAAUCCCAAUGGGCUUCAGGGGCUGCCUGCAAACCCCAGAUCGGCUUUGGCAUUAUCCUAAUCGUCGGAGCAAGUUCAGACACCUGACAGACCACCCUGUCAGUUUGACGGGCGCUGGCAGGGAUGUCUCUUACCUGUGUGACAUUGUGACUGGGCACGAGGCGAAGAAAGCAAUGACUGGUAGAAGCCCUUCUACUAAGAAUUGUCGGGACCGGAGAGGGAGCUGUGGUAUGGUCCCACGUGCUCCUCGAGCAACCCUAGCAGAUAGUCUGGUUCCCAAGGAAUUUCACAUCGUGAAGAACAGGGGAGUUUUGCCCUUGAAGUACUUUGAUGAUAAAUACACAACGCUGCUUGAAGACCGUGAAAAGAAACUACGGCUGUUCCCAUCCAUAAAACCUUCUGGGAGGUUAGAGGUCAUCCAGCUGAUGGAGGUGAUGGACAGCAUGUUGGAAAAAGCUGGAGUAGACAAGCUAAUCAGAGUAACAGGACCUUCACAGCUGCACAACUUGCUGGAGCUGAUGAAGGCAGAGCAGAACAUCUACAACAUCGUUUUCCAUGAGCUGAUUCGGCAGGUCAGCGUGGACUGUGUGGAGAGAGGACAGCUGCUUUCAAAGCUCAGGCAGAGGUACGUGGGUCUCCUGGAGCGGAUUCCUGAACAGAUGAAGACUCUCUACAAAAAAAUGAUGGCACAGCAGUUGGUUGACAGACAUAUUACAGAACAACUACUCUAUUUUAAAGAAUCUGUUGAACAGCUGGCCAGCGAGCUGUACAAGGUACAAGAGCAUGACCACAAGGUGACCAAAGAAGCAGAAAACGCUCAAGAGGAGCUAGUUACAGGCAUGCAGGAGGCUAAGGCAAAUGCAAACCUUUUGGAAGAAUAUCGGGAGUUAUACAAGUUACAGAGGAGACGACUGGAAGAGCAAAUUCUGCUGCUAGCACAAGAAAGAGACGUUUGGAGCUCAGCUGCAUGUGACCUGGCUCUGAAGAUAGUAGACAGAAACCAGCUCACAUUGGUUCACAGGCUCUAUGUUAGUGGAAAGUCACUGACCAACAUUCUCAAGCAUUUCACCAUCCUCUUGGCCUCAAAGGACACAGAAGACCUGGCUGAUCUGCAGGAAGAGAUCGAGCAGUUCACGGAGAGGUUGAGUUGUGUUGGAGCGGAAAUAGAGUGUUUCGAGGAGUCUAGCCAAAGAAAACUGCAAAUUGUCUGCAGCAGCCUCAACAAGCGGUUUCAGUACUUCCAUAGCAGUGACUUCUCCUCUCUGAUGAAUGAAAAGCUACAGGACGAAAUCCUACAGGAUGUCAAGAACUUAAUAAAUAUGCUAAAAGAAGACCUAGAGCAGUACGGAGGGGAGGUGCAACUAAGAAAGGCUGAAAGUCUCAGGAGCACUGCCAGCCUGCAGGAGCACUGGAUGGAGCUGGGACAAACACUGCUGAAUCGACACAGGGACUUUGCUGGAGCAUUGCCUCCACAGCACGCUGCCCUGGAAGAAAUAAACCAAACAGCGUGUGAACUCUACCAGCAAUACAAUAUAAGGAUAAGUGGGAAUAAUGGCACAGCUAGGUUUUUGACAGUCUUGGUGAACAGUAUGGAAGAUUGGUUAUUCAAGGUGCAAAAGCUGAAGAGAGGUUCUGACAUGCACAAAGCUGAGCUGCAGGCAUUUUACCACAAGAUUCCUGUGUGGCUGGCCCAGGUGGAUGCAGUGAUGAGCAGCAUAGGCUCCAGCGAGUUGCAUGAAGCUGAGAGUGAUAAGAAACCACACUUCCCGGUGGUACCUAGAGAAUUUUUUCAGAUGAUUCAGCGAUGGGUUUUGUCCAUGAAUAAUGAGGUUGAGAAGAACAUCACACAUCUUAAUGAAAAAGUGACUGAACUGCACAGAAACCUGACCCUGUGGCUGGUGAAUUUGCUGAGGCACAUGACAGCAGACCGCUCAUCCUGGGAGUGUCCCCAGCGGCAAGAGCCAGGCACAGAGAUGGAUGAGAAACUUAGACUUAUGGGGGCUUGUAAGCUGCAGCAUGAAGCUGAAGAGCUGGUUGCAGAGAUGGCCAGACUUUCUGGUUCUAUAGUCAGCUGCUGCCACGAGAUUGUCAAUGCGAUUGUUCAAAAGAAACGGUCAGAGACAGAUUUAGAAGCUGAUUUUGACCUGGAGGAGCUGAAUAAGAUCAAGACUGAGUGCUGUAAUUGGAUUCAAGUGUGUAGCCUUCUCCUUUCAGAGAUGAAAGGCACUCCGGUCUCCUUUCUGGAUUUAGAAGAACUGAGAAAUCUCUUUGGAUCAGAGGUAUACACAGAUUGCAUUUUCAGAGACCAGUUAGCUUUGCCUAGGUUAUUUGGAUGGGCAAAGAGAGCGUGCUAGUAAACCCAUCCUUAUGGUGCCUUACAGGAAUUGCAGUUGAAGCUUAAGCUUAAGGACAGUAUCAUUUCUUCAACUCAGGAAAAGCUUGAAGCUGAAGAUGCCAACACCUGUAGGAAACCCAUAACAGAGGAAGAAACAUUAGAAGUAAAGGAGGAAAUUACUAUUAUGCAGCAGCCAGGUGCUGGUAUGGAUUAUCUGACUGAGGAAAAUGAAGCUACUGCAGACAUGAUCAGAUAUGUGGGGCAUGACUCCAACAUCCACCUCAAGUCUCUGAAGUCAGACAUCGUUUCAGUUACAGGGAGGGAGAUGACUGCCACCAAGUGGUCGACUCCCUUUUCUCAGAAAGAGUUUGAAGCUCUGGCAGUGCUGGAACAUCUGCAAGCGCAGCUCCUAGAAACAGAGAUCCGUGCUCAGAAUGCAGAGAAAAGAUCUGAAAGUCUUGAAGAGAAGCUGGAAGAAGCUCUGCAGAGAAUCAAAGAGCUGGAGUGUGAGCUGGAGAAAGAGGGCAAAGUCACCCCAGAAGCAAUGCACAAAGAAGGGCAGGAAAAAUAUUUCCAAGAAGACAUCUCAGAAGUCGGGCCCUGCUCAAGUCCCAAAACUUCUAACUCUAGCCAGUCCAAGGGAUUGAGGAAAAGCAAAUAUUAAAGAACAGCAAUGCCUGAGUAGUUUCUUAGUGCCCAUUCAUAGUAGCAUCUCACGCCUCAUCCACUGCCUUACUCCUCAUCCACUAACCUGACAUCUCUGUGUGCCACCUCAGCAUUUAUGCUGUUGUUCUAGCUGGCUCUCUCACUUCCACCUCUGUCUUGCUUGUUCUCUGCUACUUCCCACAGCUCUAAUAUCUUUAUGCCUUGUCUUCCUUGAAAUACCAUUGCUACUUUGAC